UUAACAAUCAUCAGAGGUGUUAAGCAUAAAGGAUCAUAAAAAUAACAACUGUAAGUAAAUGUCAGAUCUGGCAAUGCAAAACAACACAACAUCAAAACGACCUCGACAAAUGUUAAACCCUGAUCAUGAAAAUCAACAGAAUAAUGAAAUAAUCAGUAAGAAACGACCGAAAGUGAAACGUAACAACUCAACAUCAAGUGUCGAUUUAUGUCAGCGUAUCUCAAAAGCCAUUGAGAAUAUUCUCAUUUUAACAAAGAACGAGGAAUUUCGUAAGAGUUGCUUUCAACUUUUAGGUGUCGAGAAUAGCUCGGAUGCUGGUACAAAGAUAAAAGAGUUGGCUGAAUCGCUCAAGGGCAAGAAGCAGCAACAACAGCAGCAUAAAGGUGAUAAGAAAAGAGCUCCUUUGAAGAGAAAAAUCAAUGAAAAUCCCAACCAAACAGACGGACCACGUACUCAGAAGCAGGCAAGAGAGAAGCAAAAAAACACGAGAAUGAAACAAAAAAUCCGUGAAUGAAGUGUGGAAGUAGGACAGCAAGUAAAUUUUACUAUUCAUUCGGAUUCGUGUAGAAAGAGAGAGAAUCGAGUGAGUAAGAAAGGGACAGCAGAAAAAAAUGUGUUGGAAGUUGUUGUAAAAAAAAUUAUUUCUUUAUUCUUUUUCGUUGGAAAAAUACUACGGCAUUAUUGACAUGCGUAGAAAAUAAUAGUAAUGAGAUUCUUUGGGGAGAUUUCUUUAACUAUUUAUGGCUAUU